AUGGGUUUUCCCAAGAGGUGGUGCGACUGGAUUAAAGGUAUGUGUCUCUCCUCAAGAGCCGCGGUUUUGGUUAAUGGUUCUCCUACUUUUGACUUCCGGUGCGAGAAGGGUCUUCGGCAAGGCGAUUCACUGUCGCCAUUUUUAUUCUUGAUAGUUAUGGAAGCUCUUUCUUGGAUCCUUAACAAAGCCAAGGAUAUUGGCGUUUUUAAAGGUAUUAACUUUUCUGAAGACGAACCAGAUUUGACUCAUCUUUUGUAUGCGGACGAUGCUCUCAUUUUGGGGGAAUGGACGUGCGAGAAUAUUAAGAGCAUUGCCCGGGUCCUUCGCAUUUUCUAUUUAUGCUCGGGUCUCCGGAUAAAUCUCCAUAAAUCAAAUAUUUAUGGUGUUUGUACGGAUGACUUGGAGGUGGACAAUAUGAUGGAAGUCUUAGGUUGUAAACGUGCAGAUUUUCCCUUCACUUACCUUGGAAUCAAAGUCGGGGCUAAGAUGACGCGUAUUUUUAAUUGGGAGCCGGUUGUUGAUGUCAUCAAAGGGCGUUUAGCUGUUUAG